GAAACAGCGGAUGCGGUGAAUGCCACAUCAAAUCGCUUGGAGAAAUUGAAAAUUGAUGAUAACGGCGAUCUUAUCGAAGAAAACUACGCAAUAAACAAGACAGAAAAGAAUCAUAUAUGGGUAAGUCCUUCACAGUGCUCCACAACUGAAGUAACCGAAAACAUUUUAAGCACGACAAUGCUGUCAGUUACAGCCGCCUAG